AUGACAACAGCUUUUAAUGGGAUUAAGAAUGAGGACUUAAGCAUCAUUCUAACGAAGUCACUCCCAGACAUUCAGAGUGUGAGUCCUUUACAGUUCUCUUCUUGUCUAGUUAGCUUGUGUUAUGAUUUUUAUCUAACACGUGUAUGUUUUUUGCAAGCACUAAUGUUGGUCUCUCAUGUACGUGAUAGGUCUGUGGAUUAUACCUCUACGCUCUCCAACCUUCGUUCUGAGGUUGAAGCUGUCUGCCAAGAGGUGAUGGACCUUAGGCGCGUUCUUGGCUCUAUGGAUGCUAGCAUUGCUUCAAAGGAUGAAGAGAUCAACACCCUCCACAGUGCCAUAGAGCUCAAACAGCAGGAAGUAAUCGAGUUGACUCUCAAGAUAACCCAGAUGGAGGGGAAACUUGUCGAUCAGCUUCAACAGUCUGAAUUGUCUGAUAUUGCUAAUGAGUUUUUUGCCUUGGGAGAAAAACUAGUUGAAUCUGUGUUGGUUCGAAAAAUAGUUCGUGUGCUUCCAGACAGGUUUGACACAAAACUGCUAGCAAUGGAGGAGGCUAAGGAUUUUGGCAAAAUGAAGGUUGAGGAGCAUAUGGGUUUGUUAAGAACAUUGGAGCUAAAUCAACAAAUAAAGCAAAAGGAUGUUUCUGAUGAUGAGAAAGAUGAUGAAAUGGCCUUGUUAACAAUAAAUUUUCAAAAGCUCAUGAAAAAGGGUAUUCAAUGUCGGGAAUGUGAAGGUUAUGUUCAAUCUGAAUGUGCCAACACAUUGAAAAAGAAUAAAAAAGGUUUUAAGGUUACUUGGAGUGAUGAUGAUUCUGAAAGUAGUGAAGCGGAUAAUGAGAAAGUUGCUUUAACCAAUGUUUUGUCAAGUGCUUUUCAGGAAAGAGGAAAAAUUUUGUGUUUAAACAAUACAUUGACUGAUGUCGAUAAAAAGGAAAUUGACUCGGAUUCAGACGAGUCAAAACUCAUGGAAUCAUUGGCUGAAUCUUAUAAGGAGGUUCAAAAUUCAAGUCAACUGAGUCAUGCUGGAUUGGGUUUUGUUGAAACUCAAUCGAAAAUGAAUACUAAAUUUGUCAAAUCUGAAAAUAUGUCUUCUGGAUAUUCUGAUUCAACUUUGCAGGGUUUUGUUUUUACAGCUGAACGUUUUGUUUCUACAGAAAUGAAGCAGUCAGGUAAACCUGAAAAUUCUCAUUGGAAAAAGAAACGUUAUUCCCUCUUGUCAUUUUUGUGGGGUAAAAGUGGUUGUUCCAAGCACAUGACAGGUGAUAAAGACUUUCUUGUCAAUAUUAGACUAAUGCAAUGUGGAGAAGUUACUUUUGGUAAUGGUCUAGCUGGAAAUGUCAUAGGGAUGGGAACUCUUAAUUUUGAAGGUCUACCCAGGCUUAAGAAUGUAAUGUUGGUUGAAGGACUAAGAGCUAAUCUUCUUAGCGUUAGUCAAAUUUGUGAUCAAGGUUACACUGUUAAUUUUGAUAGUAAUCGUUGCUAUGUUGUUAAUGACCAAGAUUAA